CCCCGGCUGUCCCCGGGUGCGGGAGCGGCGCGGCGCGGCGGGGGAAACGGAGUCAGCGGCGGCGCGCGGGGCCUUUGUCUGCGCGCGGCGCGGGGAUGGCGGCGGCGCGGGGCCCGGGCUAGCUGCGGGGCCCGCGCGGAUGGCGGGCGGCGCGGGCUGGGCGGGCGCCCCCGCGGCUCUGCUGCGCUCCGUGCGCCGCCUGCGCCAGGUGUUCGAGGUGUGCGGCCGCGACCCCGACGGCUUCCUGCGCGUGGAGCGCGUCGCGGCGCUCGGGCUGCGCUUCGGCCAGGGCGAGGAGGUAGAAAAACUGGUGAAAUAUCUGGACCCCAACGACCUGGGGAGAAUCAAUUUCAAGGACUUUUGCAGAGGGGUGUUUGCCAUGAAAGGCUGUGAGGAACUGCUGAAGGAUGUGCUGUCCGUGGAGACCGCGGGGCCCCUGUCCUGCAUGCCGGAGAUCCCCGACUGUGGAGAGCAGGGAAGUGAGGGAGCUGACCCUGCCUUUGCUGAUGGCGAGCUCAUCCACAGAGAGCCCAGCAUCUUCCCUGAGGACGCGGAGGAGGCGAUGACACUGGCGCCCCCCGAGGGCCCCCUGGAGCCUGACCUGGACAGUUCAAUGGAGGCCACCCAGAACCUGGAGGGGCCUGUCGGGAGUCCCCCUGAGGAGAAGGACGGGGGCCUCCGGGGCCUGUUUCUGCCGGAGGACAAGUCGCUGGUGCACACGCCGUCCGUGACGCCGUCAGACCUGUCCACGCACUCCACUGCCUCGCUCCUCAGCAGCGAGGAGCAGUUUGAAGACUAUGGGGAGGGGGACGAUGUGGACUGUGCCCCCAGCAGCCCCUGCCCCGACGACGAAACCAGGACCAACGUCUACUCGGACCUGGGCUCUUCCGUGUCUUCCAGUGCGGGACAGACCCCCAGGAAGACGCGGCACGUGUACAACAGUGAGCUGCUGGAUGUGUACUGCUCCCAGUGCUGCAAGAAGAUCAGCCUGCUCAAUGACCUGGAGGCCCGGCUGAAGAACCUGAAGGCCAACAGCCCCAACCGGAAGAUCUCCAGCACAGCAUUCGGACGGCAGCUCAUGCACAGCAGCAACUUCAGCAGCAGCAACGGCAGCACCGAGGACCUGUUCCGGGACAGCAUCGAUUCCUGUGACAACGACAUCACCGAGAAGGUGAGCUUCCUGGAGAAAAAGGUGACAGAGCUGGAGAAUGACAGUCUCACCAACGGGGACCUCAAGAGCAAGCUGAGGCAGGAGAACACACAGCUGGUGCACAGGGUGCACGAGCUGGAGGAGCUGGUGAAGGAUCAGGAGACGACAGCGGAGCAGGCCCUGGAGGAGGAGUCCCGGCGGCACCGGGAGGCCUACAGCAAGCUGGAGCGGGAGAAGAACACGGAGAUCGAGCUGCUCACUGCCAGGGUGCAGCAGUUGGAGGAAGAAAACUUGGACCUGACCACCACCGUGGCCCGGCUCAGGUCGCAGACAGAGAAACUGGAUGAGGAGCGGCAGCGCAUGUCAGACAGGCUGGAGGACACCAGCCUGCGGCUCAAGGACGAGAUGGACCUGUACAAGCGCAUGAUGGACAAGCUGCGGCAGAACCGCCUUGAGUUCCAGAAGGAGCGGGAAGCCACGCAGGAGCUCAUUGAGGACUUGCGGAAGGAGCUGGAGCACCUGCAGAUGUACAAGCUGGACUGUGAGCGACCGGGCCGGGGCCGCAGUUCAUCCUCCGGCCUGGGUGAGUUCAAUGCCAGGGCCCGCGAGGUGGAGCUGGAACACGAGAUCAAACGGCUCAAGCAGGAGAAUCAUAAGCUGCGAGAUCAGAAUGACGACUUGAAUGGACAGAUCUUGAGCCUCAGCCUCUACGAAGCAAAGAACCUCUUUGCCACCCAGACCAAAGCGCAGUCUCUGGCAGCGGAGAUAGACACGGCCUCCCGUGAUGAGCUCAUGGACGCUCUAAAGGAGCAGGAGGAGAUCAACUUCCGGCUGAGACAGUACAUGGACAAGAUUAUCCUGGCCAUCCUGGACCACAACCCGUCCAUCCUCGAGAUCAAGCACUGAGAGAGAGUGGGAUGCUGGCUGAGAGAGGCCUCCCGAUCCCUGGGGCCUGGGCACGCCUGCCCAAAGGUGUGGCCCCGCGGGCCUCGUGCACACCGUCAGUGUAUCUCUGGCCACCGUGGGACGUGUGCGCGCGCGUGCGGGAGGCUGUGUGCAGCGUCCGGGGGGAGCAGGCGUGGCGGGGUGUCUGCACCAUUCCUUUGCCCUUCGUGCACUUUGGCGUCUGGCUGCAGGAGCAUCCGCCGUAGGGAGUUCCUGUAAUGAGGUGUGGAAGCUCAUGUUUGCGGAACUGGAUGAAAUGAUUCUACCUCUGGGGAUAAGGAUUAAAACUACUCUAAUAAGA